AUGUUGUCAAUCCUGCGAAAAGCCCGACUCAAGGACAAAGAAAUGCGAAUCCUUAUGCUCGGACUGGAUAAUGCUGGAAAAACCACAAUCGUCAAGAAGGUUAUGGGAGAGGAUGUCAACACCGUAAGCCCAACAUUAGGUUUCAUCAUCAAGACGAUUGACUACGAGGGGUAA